AUGGGACAUAGUCUCACGCGGCCUUCAUUCACGCCAGCCCGCAAGUCAUCUGUUUCUACACCGCCGGCCACACAGAAAAAUGAUGCUUCGCUCAAGAUUUUGGAAGAGAUCAAGAGCGGGAAGAUCCUGCAGCUGUCGAGCAGCCCAGAGAUAGCCUCUUCUCCCAAGGCCGUCGCCAGUUCGCCUGACGACGACGAAACCGCCGCGCCGGAGCCCGCGCACGAGUUGAGUCAGUCGAAGGAAAGAGAGAAUGCGGUGGAAAAGAGCUCAACGCCAGCGAACAGCCGGAUCAACCUCGACGCGAACGAGGACAUAACGACGGACGAGUUCACGGUUGAGGUUGGAGGCCAGUUGCGAAUUCUGCUCGUCUCCAAGCGCUACGUCGUCGAGGCCGAUGUCACCACGGGAAGGGACGUGGUGUCUCACCAAGCCAAAUACAUCACCUCAGUCAAGAGUGUCUCAAUGGGUGGCCGUCCGGCGGUUCACGUCGAAUACUCUCCACCUCGCGCCGGCACCGAAACAAGAACCGAAGUCAAGGACACCGCCACUUACAUCCUUGACGACGAAGAGGAACGAGAACAGCUGUUGACGCUGUUGCAAGCGUUCCUGGCUCAGAACAGCCAGGCGCGAGUGCAGUGUAUGCGAUGCCUCAAGAUCUACGAUCGCCUUGCGGGCAUGCAGGCCUGUCGGUCGUGCGGCAGCACGUACGUGGUUCACUACGAGGAGGAGAAGAAGAAGUCGAAGACGCCGCCGGCUUCCACCUCGCCGCAGCCGUCCACCAGCGCACCCGCCGAUGCCCUCAAGGUUACGAUUAUGAGCGGAGACACAGAGACAAGCAGGCGCGGAGAAGUCGUGAUGAAGGCCUCCACCAGAGAAGACUUUUCAAGCGACACCAUGGACGUCAACCUGCAGCUCCACCUUCGGCUCACCUUCUUCAGGGGAGGCGCGGCCGAGCAGCUGGUUUACUUCUUCACGUCGGUGUAUCUGCCCUACGGCGCCAAGACCAGCGAAGAGGCGAUCGGUCACCUUCUCAUCACGACGCAAAACAUGUACAUCCUCCAACGUAAGCGACGACCGACCGAAACGGAUCCAGGCUUUGCUCUGGUGGCCGAGUACCGACUCUCGCAAAUCCGACGCGUGGUCAUCGGACUCUUCUACCAACACUUCCGGGUGGAGAUCGACGAGAAGCAGGCAUGGCCGGCGCUGCACUAUCCCUCCGUCAAGCCGCCGUCCUCGCCUCAGUUCGAGAUCUCCUCGGCGCACGAGAUAUCCGAGCUGGUCUCGCUAGAGCUCGAUGCACAAGACACCACCGAAUUCAAGGUCGUCUUUGAGAAGGAGAGCACCGGCGCAAAGACCACCAUCCAGCUCAAGACAGAGCACGCGGAGGAGCGAUCCAAGCUCACCAACUCGCUGGCCAAGUUGUGGGAGGCGAUGUUCAAGCUACCCCUCAGCCUCAAGUACUACAACAUCCCCAACUAA